GCCUCCUAAGCGGGCUUCCGUCAAUCGCUCCUACGGCUUCAUGCACACGGGGACCCGACCCGGCAGCUUCACUCCACCGCCAUGUUAUCCAGAUCCCACUGCGUGUAUCGGACGCUCGGCCGCUCUCUGUCAGCGGUGAACCAGGCCAAUAACGUGUUGGUUCGACAAAGUGUUUCUGGCCUCUCUGUCUGCAGCCGACCAGCGUACAGGAAUUCUCAGCCAUGUGAAUUUCCAUCCGCAGCGAAUAUCUUCCACAUCAGAUACUUCAAGACAUCUGCUGUUCACAGGGAUGAAGUAGUCACAGUCAAAACUCCUGCAUUUGCAGAGUCUGUUUCAGAAGGCGAUGUGAGGUGGGAGAAAGCGGUGGGAGACUCAGUGACAGAGGAUGAAGUUGUGUGUGAAAUUGAAACUGACAAGACGUCGGUACAAGUCCCAGCUCCUGCAGCCGGUGUCAUCGAGGAGCUGCUGGUUCCAGACGGAGGCAAAGUAGAAGGAGGAACGCCUCUCUUCAAACUACGGAAAGGAGCUGGUGCUGCCAAAGCUGCUCCCUCUCCAGCUGUUGAAGCGCCUGCUGCAGCCCCUCCGUCCCCUCCUCCACCACCACCUCCUCCAACACCAACUCCUGCUGCCAUGCCUCCGGUGCCACCACAGGCCCCCAAAGCCCAACCUGUUUCCGCUGUCAAACCGACUCAUGCAGCUCCAGGUCCUUCUGCAGCAGGAAGCAGAGGAGAAAGCAGGGUGAAAAUGAACCGUAUGCGGCUGAGGAUCGCCCAGAGGCUGAAGGAGGCUCAGAACACCUGCGCCAUGUUGACCACCUUCAAUGAGGUGGACAUGAGCAACAUUCAGGAGAUGAGGAAAUUCCAUAAGGACGCUUUCUUGAAAAAGCACAACAUCAAACUGGGUUUUAUGUCAGCGUUUGUUAAAGCUGCAGCUCAUGCUCUGACUGACCAACCUGCUGUUAAUGCUGUUAUUGAUGACACCACCAAAGAGAUCAUCUACAGGGACUAUGUGGACAUUAGUGUUGCUGUUGCCACUCCAAAGGGACUUGUUGUACCGGUGAUCCGUAACGUCGAGACCAUGAACUUCACUGAUAUUGAGAAAGCCAUUAAUGCACUGGGAGAAAAGGCACGUAAAAACGAACUCGCCGUUGAGGAUAUGGAUGGAGGUACGUUUACAAUCAGUAAUGGCGGUGUGUUCGGCUCUUUGUUCGGCACUCCCAUCAUCAACCCCCCUCAGUCUGCCAUCCUGGGCAUGCACGGAAUCUUUGACCGACCCAUGGCCAUCAACGGCAAGGUGGAAAUCCGGCCCAUGAUGUACGUGGCGCUGACGUACGACCACCGACUUGUUGACGGCAGGGAGGCGGUCACUUUCUUACGCAAGAUCAAAUCAGUGGUGGAAGACCCUCGGGUGCUCAUGCUGGACUUGUGAUAUUCACGUCAAUGAGUCAAAGCUCCUUUAGCUGCAUAAAGUCAACAACACUUUACAAAAAAACACGCACAACUCCCACAAAGUCGCCUAAAAAAUGCUGUUUUUCCUUUGUAUUUGACAGUAGGAGCAUGGUAAGGUUGUGUUGCAACACUUGUGAGUUUGACAAGUGUUAUUUAAAGACUGGAACUAGAAAUAUCCUAAGUAUGGCCACUAUCAGCAAACCCAAAAGACUGCUCCACAUCUUCUAUCAGUAAAUGUUUUUCUACAUAUUUGCAUUAUAUGUCGUAUGAGAAAUGAGCUGAAAAUGUUCGAAUUAAGAUGCAUCAAUGACAUCAUGUCCAGACACUUAAUAUAAAGAUGGACCCACAGUCAGAAAUAAAAAAUCAUGUUGCAUCUCUGCCACUUUAAAUGCUCUUAAAUCUAAUCGGUUCUACCAGACAACAGCCUUUGUCCUGAGCUGCUUUUUCCAUGUCGGGCCGAAGAGGAGCUCGCUGAAAUUAUGUCAAGAUGUUUUAAUGUCAACACAAGACCGAAAGAAUUCAUGAGUUUUCUGAUAAUCAGUGUCAUGAGCAGCAGUCAGUUGCACAAAGCCAAACGUUUGUAUGAAGCAGCGUCUGUUUGGAGUCAUGUUAUUGUUUCUGCUAUGCAUAGUUAUUAUCCAUGUGUUUUUCCGUUUUUAAUUUCCUCUCAGUGCUGAUCAAACAGACAUGUUAUUUAACACAAAAACAGUUAUUGUUUUUUUGUUUGUUUUUUAACUACAGGAACAGUAUGUUGUUACUUCAUGGCCAAUAUGUUCGGAGAAAUAUUCAGCCACACAAUAUCUCAGCAGGUUUAUUUUUGUUUUUUAAGCUCAACUGCUUGAACACGUACUCACUGUCGUAUAUACACGAUGUAUAAAUACUUGUAACUAUUUAAGGAACCAAAAGCAAUGAAACAUUAAAUAUUUCAGUUUUAUUA